CAGUCCGGACCCGCUGCUGCUUCCCCGGCGUGCCGGGAUCUCUUAGCGGUCUCCAUGAGCAACAUGGGGCCUACCCUGGCGGUUCCUACCCCUUAUGGCUGUAUCGGCUGUAAUCUGCCUCAACCUGACUACCCACCGCCUCUGAUCACUUUCAUGUUCUGCGCGAUGGUUAUCACCAUCGUCGUUGACCUGAUCGGCAACUCCAUGGUCAUUUUGGCGGUGACCAAGAACAAGAAGCUCCGAAAUUCUGGCAACAUCUUUGUGGUCAGCCUCUCUGUGGCUGACAUGCUGGUGGCCAUCUACCCCUACCCUCUGAUGCUGCAUGCCAUGUCCAUUGGGGGCUGGGACCUAAGCCAGCUCCAGUGCCAGAUGGUUGGGUUCAUCACAGGGCUGAGUGUGGUCGGUUCCAUCUUCAACAUCAUGGCCAUCGCUAUCAACCGUUACUGCUACAUCUGCCAUAGCCUCCAGUAUGAACGGAUCUUCAGUGUGCGCAAUACCUGCAUCUACCUGGUUGUCACUUGGAUCAUGACCGUCCUGGCUGUCCUGCCCAACAUGUACAUUGGCACCAUCGAGUAUGAUCCUCGCACUUACACCUGCAUCUUCAACUACCUGAGCAACCCUGUCUUCGCUGUGACCAUCGUCUGCAUCCACUUCGUCCUCCCUCUCCUCAUAGUUGGUUUCUGCUACAUCAGAAUCUGGACCAAAGUGCUGGCGGCCCGGGACCCAGCUGGACAGAAUCCUGACAACCAACUUGCUGAGGUUCGCAAUUUUCUAACCAUGUUUGUGAUCUUCCUCCUUUUUGCAGUGUGCUGGUGCCCUAUCAACGUGCUCACUGUGUUGGUGGCUGUCAGUCCAAAGGAGAUGGCAGGCAAGAUCCCCAACUGGCUUUAUCUUGCAGCCUACUUCAUAGCCUACUUCAACAGCUGCCUCAACGCUGUCAUCUACGGGCUCCUCAAUGAGAAUUUCCGACGAGAAUACUGGACCAUCUUCCAUGCUAUGCGGCACCCCAUCCUGUUCCUCUCUGGCAUCAUCACUGAUAUUCGUGAGACGAGGGAGGCCCGUGCCCUGGCCCGUGCCCGUGCCCGUGCUCGUGACCAAGCCCGUGAACAAGCUCGCGAACAAGACCGUGCCCGUGCCUGUCCUGCUGUGGAGGGAACCCUGAUGAAUGUCCGGAAUGUUCCACUGCCUGGUGAUGCUGCAGCUGGCCACCCUGAUCGUGUCUCUAGCCACCCCAAGCCCCGUUCCAGGUCUGCCUCUGCCUACCGCAAAUCUGCCUCUAUCCACCACAAAUCUGUUUCUGGCCAUUCCAAGGCUGCCUCUGGCCACUCCAAGUCUGCUUCCGGUUACCCCAAGUCUGCCACUGUCUACCCUAAGCCUGCCUCUGUCCACUUCAAGGCUGACUCUGUCUAUUUCAAGCCUGCCUCUGUCCAUUUCAAGGGUGAGUCUGUUCAUUUCAAGCCUGCUUCCAAGUCUGCCAUUGGUCACCACGUCUCUGCUGGCAGCCACUCCAAGUCUGCCUUCAGCCCAGCUACUAGCCGCCCUGAAGCCACCACUGACCAUGUCAAGCCUGCUCCCAGCCACCCUGAGUCCACCACUGCUGACUACCUUGAGCCUGCCACCACCAGCCUUCCUGAGCCCACUGCUGCAGGACACCCUGAGCUGUCUGCCUCCCACUGCCCUGAGACCAUUGACACUAGCCGCCUUGAGUCUGACGUCACUGACCUCCCAGAGUUUGCUUCCAGCCCUACCGCUGUGUCCCCUGAGCCUGCUGCCAGCCAGCUGGAGCCUACCCCUGCUGCUGACCUUCCUGACCCUGCCGUAGUCACUCCCGCCACCAAUGAUUACCAGGAGGUUGUAGUUAUUGAUGUUGAGGAUGAUUCUGAUGAAAUGGCUGUGUAAAAAGUGCUCUUGUGGGUGGCCAAGCAGUGGUCCACUUUCCAGUUUGUUUUGAGUAUGUAAUCCAAAGUGAGAUACAUCUAUACACAGAAACACACACAGACACUGACCCACAGACUUGGUGUAAGCUACAUCCACCUUUCAGGCAUACUCUUCCUUGAUAUCAUGUACUCUAAAAAAGUGUGUGUGAGUGUGCAUGUUUGUGUGUGCUUGCUAUCCUAGAGAUCAGAUUUCCCUCCAGUUUAACAUCCGUUGUUCCAAGUGUUCCUUUCCUCCUGCAGUUGACCUUCGGCCCUCAAUGAUCCCUGAAACAUUAGACUUUGAUUUUUCCCCACUCCCUUCCCCUUUCUCCCCAUUCCUCAUUUCCUCUGCCUUGUUCCUGCUUUCUUCUCCCAUUCCCCAGGGGUGGGGGAGGAGUGCAUGCGCAAUGGUAAAGGUGUAUCUUGGUGAUGACUUCUGUCAAGUGAUUGUGACUACACAGCUUUAUGUUUUUAACUCUUUGUUGUACUUUUAAUGGCAGUCAGAAGAACAGUCACAAUAAAGUGCAAGUACUUGAAAGUUUCUUUUCUGAAUUCCAGUAACAUAAUAUGAUCCAUAUCUGAAGAUUAUAAUUUGAUAAGGUCUUAUUAAAAUAAGUGUUUAUGCCUAUGAGAUCAAAUGGUAAAAGGAAAUAUAUAGUCACACCAAAUCAUUUAUAUUUUGUGAAAAUUCAAACGCUGGUGCUGAUUUUCAUCGUUAAACAUGGAGGGAAAUGAUGAGAUGUUUUUACCAUUUUUAGUUAUUUCCUUUUUUUUUUUUAGUGUUUGCCAGGAUUUUCUUUCAUUUAUUUUCUCAGAAAUAAGUACAUUUAUACCUAAUCUUUUCUCCUAAAAUCCAAACUUGUGGUUGCUAGGAUCAAUUAUACUCAUGUUUUUAUUAUUAUAAUUCAUAACUGCCUUUUAUCUUGGAGAUUUUUUUAAACAGCCUGAUGUUUUUUUACAAUUAGUUUUUACAUUUUUUUUUCAUUCAAAGGAAUUUGAAGUCAAAAUCUAGUCAGAAGUGACUGGAGUAUGCUAUGGAAGAUAAAGUGAGUGUUUCUCCAAAACCUUGUUCCUCUGACCCUCCUAGCAGGGGAUGGGGGUGAGGAGGAAGAGAUGCCAAAACCAGUCAGUUCCAUCACACCUCGCUGAGGUUCAACUGACACAAAGUGUGAAGUUAUAGUCAUCUCAAGUCAGUACAGUACAUUUGACAACCCAGGGAUUGUUUUUCCUCUAAAUUCAAACAAACAAACUGCUGUUUAAUAAAAACUUCAAUUGUUGAUUCAAAUUGAUACUUUAAGCAAAGUUUACCAUACAAAAGCUUGUAAGGAUAAGUGGGAAUGUAUUACUGCCUUAAUUCUAUUCUGUAUUUGUGGUAGCAAUUAAAUAAACGUGGUUUUGUGGC